AUGAGCUCUUCGAUCUCGACUGGCAGGAGCAUAGACAAGAUCAACGCCAUGACGCCCCAGAUCCCUGCAAACCAAUACAUGGGCACCGCAGCACGGUCGCGGACACCAUGUAUCUCGAACGAAAAGCAUAUGCAAGCACUGAACAGCGGUCCCAUCCCGAUCCCGAUGGCCAACGCACAACCCCGAAAUAUAUUGAACACCACGAGUUCGUGGGCAGGCGUCACGUCCAGGGAGGGGGAGAUCAAGAAAAGCAAGCCGACGCCUGCGCCCAAACCCAUGCCGAGACGUGACACAAUCAUGCCCCAGAUCCGGAUGAAGUUGGGAAGCUGGGCGUGUCCAUAG